AGUUUCCAAGGAAAACCCGGGCUGGCAGCGCCAAGGGGAGGCGGGUGAGACGCGUGCCAGCCUGGGUCUUCUCCAAGGCAGACGGGGCUGGUCCCCUAGCCUUCUGGACGCGCGCAGAGACCCCCUUCUUCUCAUCCUGCUUGGGAAGGGCGGCGGCGGGUGGAAGGGAGGAAAAGGGGGGGGGUCCAUCUGAGCCACGGGGGGUGUGUCCCACCCGCAGCUGCGACGGGGCGGGGGCGCCUUCGCUCCUCCGCUUAAAAGUCCCCGCCCUGUCCCGCCGUGGCCGCCGCUGCGCCAUGAAGCUGGACAGGCUGGACGGGGCGCAAGGUUGGGGGCGCCCAGAGGACCCCCGGGAGCGACCCGUCGAGUUGGUUUGCUUCUCACCUUGAUGAGUUUCCAUCCGUGCCUUCUUGCCCUGCCUUUUAGGGGCUUUGGAGAAGAGGUGGACCCCUCCCUGCCCCCCCCAUCUUUUCAGUGCCGCAACCCUCACCUGGGGACCGAUUCCCUUCGGCAGAAGAAGAUGACCCUGAACAUCCAACGGGGGAGCCCCGGUGGUCCGUGCCAGCGACGGGCCAGCACCCCUGUUCCGGCUUCUCACCGGGAGAGGCUGAGCCCUCGGAGCAGGGGGGCCGAGCCCUGCCACCCCCAGUUGGGACAGUCCUUGUCCUGCGAGCCCCGAGCCUGCCUGCCGGAGCCCUGCGGGAGCUGGCGAUCCGAGUCCCCCAGCUCGGAGGAGUCAUCGGGAUCCCUCUACCGAGUGGUGUUUCUGGGAGACCCCGGGGUGGGCAAGAGCAGCCUGGUGAGUCUCUUUGCUGGGGUGCAAGAGAAGGACUCCCUGGAGCAACAACGAGAGGACACCUACGAACGCACCUUGUCCGUGGACGGGGAGGAGACCACGCUGGUGGCGAUCGACCCCUGGGAGGCUGAAAAGCGGUCAUUGGAAGAAGGCAACUGGCUGCACAAUUACUGCAUGCUGGUGGGCAACGCCUAUGUCCUGGUCUACUCCAUCACCGACCGGGCCAGCUUUGAGAGCGCCUCGGAGCUGCGCAUCCAGCUUCGGAGGACCCGGCAGGCGGAGAACAUCCCCAUCAUCCUGGUGGGGAACAAGACCGACCUGGUGCGCUCCCGAGAAGUCUCCGUGGAAGAAGGCCGGGCCUGCGCUGUGGUUUUCAACUGCAAAUUCAUUGAGACGUCCGCUGCCCUCCAGCACAACGUGACCGAACUUUUCGAAGGGGUGGUACGGCAGAUCCGCCUGCGCCAGGACAGCAAGGAGGCCAACGAACGGCGCAGGUCGCUUUACAAACGGAAAGAGAGCCUGACCAAGAAAGUGCGGCGUUUCCUGGACCGGCUAGUGGCACGCAACAACCAAAAAGUCGCACGAAAGGUCCGUUCCAAGUCUUGCCACGAUCUUUCUGUGCUGUGAGGGCAUCACAGGUCUCCCUGUUUGUUGGCCCGCCGAGCGUCUGGCCUGGAUCUACUUUUUUUGUGCCUAGCAUGGCUAUGCAAUUGGGUCGUUAACUAGGCGAACUGCUGUUAGUCAAGGAUGACCUGUACAUUCUGGUUGCCAAGCUUUGUGUCAUUGGAUGGUGUCAGCCUGGGGAUACUGCCGUGGUUGUAAGUGGUCACUCAAUAGUAGUAAUGGCAAGAGGGAUCUCGGAGUCCUAGUGGACGAUCCCUUAAAUAGGAGCCAGCCGUGUGCUGCAGCAGCCAAAAAGGCCAACACAGUGCUGCAUUAACAGAGGAAUGGAAU